AUGAAAAUAUACUCAAGAUUAAAAAAUGAAAAUGAAGAAACUAGUAAUUCUUUGACUUAUUUUCCACAGAAAAAAUUGAGUAAAAUUGGAAAGAAUUUCUCAUCAAACAUUUUGAAAUUUGAGAAAACUUUAUAUGAAGAAAAUUAUCUUAAAAUUAUAUCCGAAGAAAAAAUUGAGAUUCAGUUGUUAAAAGAUGAAAACGGUCUAAAUAUGGAUCAUUUUAAUGAAUUUGUUAUCUCAAUAAAAUCUCCAUACAAAGAAAGCAUUGAAACUAUAUCUUAUUUUGAUCAGAAACAUAAUAUUGGAAGUAUUGAAAGAUUUAAAAUAAUAUAUUGGUUAAGCUUACACAGUAAUCUAUUAAAAUUUCAAUCUUGUACUUUUCAUCUCUCAUGCAAAAUUUUUGAUACUUUUUUGCUUGAAACUCCUGUACAAUAUAGUAAUUCUGAACUUGCUGCUACUGCAGCUGCAUGUUUUUUAUUGGCUUCAAAUAUUAUUGAGACAGUAUCUGAUAUGAUUGUUCCAAGUAUAAAGCAAUUUUGUAAUGCUGCAAAAUGGCUAAAUCCUAAUAAGAUCUUAAAAAGACAAUUAGAAAUUCUUACUUAUGUAAAAACAAGUUUUGGUAUUAAUCAUACUCCACAAAAACUUUUAUAUAUUUAUAUAUCAAGAAUUAAGUAUCAUUCAAUUUUAUCAAAAGAAUUUCUCCACUUAUACAAAAAUGGAGAUAUCAUAGAAAUAUUUGACUCAUCUUUAGCUAUUUGUGAUUUAUUGCAAUACACUCCUCUUCCAACUACCAAAAAUGGCCAAACAUUCAUUUCAAUUCUUCCUUGUUUCAUUUUAUGGGUUAAGCUCGAAUCUAAUAUUAUAUUCAAUGAGUUUGAUUACCAUUAUAUUCGGAGUAUCUUCUUUAAAGAAAUAUGUUUCUUUAAUAAUUAUCUUUGCAAAGAUAUAAUUAAUAUAAUAUAUAAAAUCGCAAAAGAACUUGUAAAUGUUAACGAAAAGCUUAUUAAAGAUUACUGGUACAAACAAGAGAGGCAAGUAAUAAGAAGUGAAACUCCAAAUAUCCAUCUACAUAUUUUCCCAGAUAAAAAACUUUAG